AAUGGUCUCACACCCUUGCACCUGGCUGCCCAAGAGGAUCGCGUCAAUGUGGCCCAACAACUGGUCGCCGCCGGAGCUGACAUCUCCGCGGUAAGUGUUGCCGGCUACAUGCCCCUCCAUACGGCCUGUCAUUUUGGUCGCCUCAAUAUGGUGCGUUACCUGCUGAGCCUGGCCGGCCGUGGCGACGUUAAUCGCACCACCAAGAUGGGCUGUACUCCGCUUCACCUGGCCGCUCAACAGGGCCACUCGCAAAUUGCCCACCUCCUGCUGGAACAUGGCGCUGAUGCCAAUCUCACAAACGAG